GGUAUAACAAGGAAAGUUAUCGGUGGAGAGGGUACGCAAGGUGCGCACCAUGUCAGCUGUAGUAGCUUUGAGUUUAGCAACCAGUGCAUUAUCUCACUAUCCAGCUAGUCGAUUGGUAGUGCCGAUUAAAGGUCGAAGAGUCAAUGCUGAAUACUGUAUUUGGCACAAGAAUCCCGGCGAAAGAGCCGUAAUGAAAAUGAAUGGUUUGGUUGAUGCUCUAGAGGGGGUGUCUGAAAAAAAGCAAACAAAUGCCUAGGCGAUGCUACGUGACGAGACAACAUGGGACGUUAGAAAGAAGUCAUGCGUAAAAUACUGAAGAUGAGAAGUUAUGACAUCUACAUUGAACAAUCUCAUAGUGCUUUUCCAGUCCCCUGGAACUAGAGGGAAGGAAAUAAGGAGAAGGGAGGGGAAGGAGAAACCAAAGGAUAAUAAACUAUAGAGAUCCAAAAUGUCUUGGACUUUGGUCAAUAUAGUGCAGAGGGCAUG